AAGCAGUGUUUGCAAGUGAGUUAGAGAACAAGAAAAGUGAGAAAAAUGUAGAUCUGCGCUUUUUCUGCAGUCCUCUUUGGUUUCUAUCGGUGCAAACUUUUUGUAGUUAUGGAGUUUGUGGAGUAUAUCAAAUCACCAAAAAUCGACAAGGUUUCUCUGCGGCGCAGAGGGCAGGCGUACCUGGAAGGAACGCUGUGUGUCACUGGUCAUCACUUGAUCUUUUCUUCCAGAACGGACCACAAGGAUGAGCUCAUUGUAAGUAGUGUGAUUAUAUUUAUUGUUUUGUGUAAUUUCUUUUCUAUAUCUUAAUGUGGACAACGUACUUACAGACAGCCCUUACACGCCCGUUCGGUCUGCCUAUUCAUUGGAAAUGGAUGACGUGUAAAUAUUAAUUCAUUAGUUGUACAAACAAAACAAUGUACUAUGCCCUGAUGGCUUUCAGGGUAAUGGGUUUGACUAGUCUGUCAGCCCUUCAAUAGACCAGUUUCAAUAUAUUAAAGUUUUCGUUUGGCUUUGAUACUAGGGGUAAUAAAACAAAAGAAAUGAAUCUUUAAAAAAUAAUUUUAAGUGAAUUGAAAAUUAAAGCCAUUUCUUUUCUUUAUUCCUUCAAACCUUAAAGUUAGAUAUGAAUUUUAAUAUAUUAUUUGAAAUAAAAUUGGUCUAUCAGGACAACUAAACAUGACCUAAACAGGUCCCAGUUUUCUAUUAAGGAGUAAACUGGCCCAGAACUAACGAAAACAGUGUGCACACAGGGACCUGUUGACCACUUUUGUAACUGAGUACGUUGGUCCCGACCUUGUACUUGAGCACUGGGAUGGAUAUUUGAAAAAAUUGUGUACUUACAUUAGUGCGCAGUGAGUACUGUACUCCAGCACCAAGUGUGAAUACUGCCUUUGCAAACAUGAUUAGUUAACAAUUAUUCCACGAGCGCACACUGGAUAUGAGUUGGCUUUAAUCAUCUUAUAUCCAACAUUGAACAAGCCAAGUAGAAUAACAUAGAACAUUUCAUUGAACAAGCAAACAAUCAUCACCCUACGAUCAAAUUUACGGCUGAAAUUUCCGAUAAAGGAAACAGCAUUCCUGGACACCCUCGUCUACAAAGGGAAAGAUUCAAAAGAGACGCAACCCUUGAUGUGCGUACUCAUUUCAAACCAACUGAGACAUUUCAGUAUACCCAUUUUGGUUCCUGUCACCAUAAGGAGUUAAAAAGGCUUCAUUAAAGGGGAAGCCCUCCGACUCCUCAGAACAAACUCUUCCAAAAUAAUAUUCAAGAGAAAAUUACAAAUUUCAAAGCGCAUCUGCUACAGAGGGGUUACCCAGAGGAUCUCAUUAACACAACCUUCUCAGAGGUGAACUUCAAAGACAGGAAACUAGCCCUUCAACAGAAAACCAAAGACAAACCAACGAAUCUUGCCUUUUGUCACACAAUACCAACCAUCAGUGCCUAACCUAAAGCAAAUUCUCAUGAAAAACUGGCAUUUAAUAGAACAACAACCAUUACUGAGCGAAAUCUACAAACUAGAACCGGCCCUCGUAUCUUAUAAAAGAGGGCGGUCGCUCAAAAGACAUACUCGUGAGAGCCAAACUAUAAAAAGGCUAUUUUAAACACUGGGCUGGGGAGUCCUGUAGGCCUGUCAACCCCAUAUUACAUCUUAAUGAGAAUCGUCAAAUGCAAACAAGAAAGAACAAAAACAAACAAACAAACAAAACGGUGAGCUUAUGCACCAUAAUUGCACGCGUAAUAAGAAAAUGUCUUUUCCCGAUUUUUUGCACAGUGCACAAUCUCGUAGUGAAACCCUUGUCACAAUAUAUAAAGGAAUCGUUUUGCUACAUAACUCAUCCUGUAUUGACGUAACAGAUUUGAAAAUGUUAAACAUCUUAUGCAAAUAUUUGAAAAAAAAAAACUGCUUUGUUUAGUUUCUGUUCAGUUGAAUUGAGCACUCAAAAAGAGUGCAAUGUUAGUGAAUGUAAUGUUUUUCCGUGAGAUAAAAGUGCUAGGCAGCACUAUUACCCUGUUACUUUUAUUAACUUGAAAAGAGGAACCGGAAAGGACAAAGGCCUUCCGUUUUUCACACAUUUGUAAUCGUGUACUGUUCUGAAUGGAUAAAAAAACUAAAUUCAUAGAUCAAGAUUCUUGCAGUUUACCCUUCCCCGACAACUAAAAAUACCGCUGAUAAAAUACGGUUGUUUAAAAUUGUACCACCAAAGUUGUCGUGAAUUUAAAUGAUGAUGCACUUACAAAAGUUAAACUGCAGAAGAAAAAGAUUCCAUUGAUCGCCAUGUACAACGCUUGUGAAAAGCGUGACAUUUGUUUGAAGUCACCACACUGGUUUUGCUGAAUGAGAACAGAUGCUACGGGUAACUUUAUAGGUGUGGUGGAUAGCUUUGUGGCCUUUGGUUGCAUCUGUUAGCUAUAGUCAGAUCUUUUCAGCCAAACAGGUUGCAUAUGUAUUUUGCUGAUUUCGGCGAGUGGCUUUGUGAUCGUGAAGAAAUGUACACGUUCUUGUUGGUUGAGGUAAUUUCAUGCCAUGCUUUUUAAUUUUGUGACUGUCUAUGUUUUCCAAGGGUUGCAUUCUAUAGCAGUUUUUAAAAAUAUCUUAUAUCUAUGCCACAAAUGAUUUCCUUCAGUACUUGUAUCCACCGCGAGAAAAAACAUACAAAUUGAAAAAGUCUUUUGCUGGCAUAAUGACGCUUUUGUUUACCAUAUAUGGUCACAGCAUGGCUAUGAGCUGAUAACCCUGCUGCGUUGAGUGAAUCAGAAUGCAGGAAAUGCAAUAACCAUCGUCCAGCUGCAUGCCACUUAAAAGAAAAGUUGUCUUACUAAAGUAUGUUAUUUACAGCUCUUGCACUCAGCAGUGGAACAUGUUGAGAAGAAAGCAAGAGGUCAAGAAGGGAUACUCACUCUUUUUUGUAAGAACUUUGACUUGGUGAAACUAAAGUUCAACAGCAUCGAAGAAGCACUGAAUGUAGCAUCAUCAGUUGAAGUUCUGUCAACCAUUGGUAAGAAAAAUAGCCAUCAUUAUUAUUAUAAUAAUAACUUACAUAUUAUUCUUUAAAAAUAUUUCUCCAUUUCUGAUUGGCUAAAAUCCAAUGCAUAAUUUAUCAUAACCAGGUUCUGUCUACUAAAUUUGCACUUGAAAAUUUCUACAAUAUUUGAAAGAUGAUGUCAAUUGUGCAGGAAAAUUACCAGAUUAUUGAACAGUUAUCUGAGAAGUAUGUUUUAGCUUGCUUUUAAACUAGGAAUUAUUUUGAAUGAAUAAUGAAACAAUUAUUGAAUUCGGUUUUCGUGUCAUCUGAAAAAUUAUGGAGAUCUUGGAGGAUGUUAUCUGCCGAGGCCUAGUCGGCCCUAUGUCCUUCAUUCUUCAGAUGAUAAUCAGCCUUAUUCAAUAAUGUUAUUGCUAAAUAUUACAUUAUAGUUCUUUUUUUCACAUUAUCCUUAGUCAACAUGUUUAAUGUAGUUUUUGUUUGUAUGUUUCUUUUAUCAAAGUGAUUUCUUUUUUUUAACGUAGGAAACACAAACUUGAGGUAUCCUUUCUUCUAUCGUCAUCUGAAACCUCUUGAAGAAGAUGGGUGGGACUUGUUUAGUUUAGAAAUGGAAUUCUCUCAUUUGUGCUCUUUAACUCAACAAUGGAGAAUAAGCCAUGCCAAUAGUAAUUAUGAGGUACAUUUCUAAUAUAUUAUUGCAACAGACUGAGUGUUUUCAUAUCAACAUUAUCAUUUUCAUCAUCAUCAUUGUCAUCACCAUCAUCAUCCUAAUCGUCAUUGUUCUAUUGAUUCUAUUGAUCAUCAUCAUCAUGCUAAUCAUCAUUAUCAUUGUUCUAUUGAUUAUUGUUCAGCUACAAUUGUGACUCCAGAAUAUAUGACUGAGGUUCAGCUUUGUGUCCCAUGACGAUGUGAUUUCUUACAUUACAUUUGUAGAUCGUACACAAUAAGGAAGGCAUGGUUGAAAUUUUCAAAAACUCAUACUGGUUCUGCUAGGAAAAGCUUUUUGUAUUAUAACUACAACUUGCAUUAUCCUUGAAUGUCUUUCAAGCCAAAUAAUGCCUGGUCUUAAUUUUGUUACUAACUUAGUUAGUUAACAGUUAGCUAUAGUUUGCUUCUAUUUUAUUUUAUAAUGAAUGUUAUAUUAGCUGAAGGAAAUAUUUUUUUAAUGUUAGGUUACCUGUCCACCUACUAAUAAUACCAAUUAUUGCUACAAAGAAAAGGGUAAAAACUAUAGCCUCACCCUCUCCACCAUUAUAUUUCUAAGAGUGAAGUUUUUUUCUUUUUUGUGUUUAGCUAUGUCCCAGCUAUCCAGCCAGUGUUAUAGUACCAGUUAAAAUUUCUGAUGAUACAUUAAAGGCGUCAGCACAGUUCAGACAAUUUGGCAGGUUUCCUAUUUUAAGCUACUAUCACAAGAAAAAUGGGGUAAGAAUUAAUAUUUAAUAAUAAUUGUUAUUAAUGCAAUAUCAUCUUUUACAAUCAAAAACUAUUGAGAAUGAUUUUCAGAAUAAUAGUUACAGAUUAAAAUCAUUCUUGAUAGUCUCUUAUUAAGGACACUUACAUAUAGCUGUAUUCCUUUGCUGUUCGUGUUGAAGUAUGUUGGACUGUCUGCUGAACAAGAAAUAUUUCUAUUGAAUGUAUUACUGAUAUACCAUCGUAUCCUAUUUCUUUCCAAGUAAUACUGGUAUUUUAUGGGUGAAAACUUGAAUGUGUUUUUUGCAAAAGGUCUGUUAAAAUGUUGCAGGUUGCUAUGAUGCGAUGUGGCCAGCCGUUAACAACCAUGGCAUCUAAAAGAAGUCGUGAAGAUGAAAAAUUAGUUAAUGCCACUCUUGGAAGUGAUUCUAAAGGGAUAAUUAUUGAUACAAGAUCACAAACAGCUGCUAUGAACAGUAGAACAAAAGGUAAAUGGAAAAAGUCGUGCAUUCCAUGAUCAUCUUGCUCAUCUCAUCCUUAUGCAGUUCUUGCAAUUUUGUAAACAAGAGAGAGAACGGUGGAAAAUCUCAAUGAAUGCAAAAAUUUGUCCAACUUGCAAAGAAUUGCAAAUGAUAUUUUGCAGCUGCAUGCAAACCUAGGCAUAAGUGCUCAUCCUGCUGUCACAUAUUUGACUCACUUACAUACUUCAACCUUAACCAAGUGAAGUGAUUUAUAGGUCUCAUAUCAUGUUGCUUUACAUAGGCGAGAACAAAGAUGACAUUUCCACCUUAUUCUUUCUUUUUGUAAGCCUUAAAUCUAUCGCUGGCUUGGGCUUCACAUUUUGCAUUCAGUUUACAUUGUUAUAAAAUCAAGUUUGAAAUGUGGGUGCUAAAAUGUUGUGAAAUGUUAGUUUAUAUGAAAUUCAUGUUAACCCAUAUAAAAUCAAUAUGUACUCCAUAUUAAUUAAUAUUAUUUUAUCCCAUGUAAAGUUAACACUAGCUCCAUUAAAUAUGAUCCCAUGUGUAGAUAAUCAGUAUUGUUGUGGUGUUUUUGGAUGACAUCAAUAAUCAAAUUAUUUGAACUAGUCUUACUUGCUUUCAAUCUAUGUAGGUGGAGGUGUUGAACCAGAAUCACAUUAUCCUCAGUGGAAAAGAGAAUAUCAAAAUAUUGAACGAUAUACAGCACUCAAUGAUAGUAUUGCAAAACUAGCAGAAGGUACAUGUAUAACAUACAGUAUAUCUUUUUUACAACGAUUUUGCAAAGGCUUAUGCCGUUGCAUGAAUUUAUUGCUUACAAGAAGAAUAAUAUUAUCCUACAUGCUGUGUGAAGAUACAAAUCAAGAGUAACCAAAUUAUAAACAAAAAAUCCUUUCAGGGUGCAAGGAAAAUCGUUUUUUACAGCUUGCCAUUUGGGCGAGCUGAAGUUAGCAUUUACUAGCCCAGACAUCAUUUCAACUAGCCCCAAAACGUUUUGAUGAGCAGAAUUGAUUUCACAGUUCUUCUGCUAUUCCAGUUCCUCAAAAAACAUCACUUGCCCAUCGGGCAAAUAGAAUUCACUAGGCCGAUAGCAAAAUCCACAAGCCCCAGGCUAUCGGACACUACUUUCUUUUGCCCGCUGCCUUUACAUUCCCCUUAAAGAAAUGAGUAUGCAUGCUUGCCCCAAAUUUUUCACAGUCAUAUGUUUUGUGACUGUGAGUAUUUGCAGCUUCCCAAAGUUAGUGACAUUGCUCUUAUUUACGUUGAUUUUAUUUAUUAUUUUUGUCUAUACAGCAAGUUUAGAUCCCAAGCUAAGCAUGACCUCAUGGCUGUCUAAACUGGAGUCAAGUUCAUGGCUUGAUUAUGUUCAAAGCAUUUUAUCCACAGCUUGUCAUGUUGCUAAAUGUUUGGACAAAAACGGUAACAGUGCAUUUUACAGUACGAUAAUUUUACAACCAAGAGAAAGUAUUUUACAGUGUAUAGUAAAAUGUUUGGGAAGGGGACUGCACAGCUGUACUUCAUUAGGUCAUAAAAAAACUUAUGUUUGAUUUUCUUUCUUCAGUUAGCAAAUGACAAAAAAGAAAAUUUUCAACUAUAAUAAACAGAAAAAAGAUUUUUAUGUUAGCACCAAGAGUGCCAAUGUGGGAAGCUAUUGUAAUAGUUUCUUGCAUUAAUACCUAGUAGAUAUUUUGCACUAAUGCUUUAUUUAACAAUUAUUCCUCGAGCCAGAAUGGGCUCUGAGUCAAUGGCCCAUGUGGCGGAAGGCCGAAUGGGCUAUUGACUCAGAGGCCAUGAGGGCGAGAGGAAUAAAAUUAAUGUUUUAGUAAAAUCCAACUAGUUGGUCAAAAAUAUGGAGAAUAAAAAACUUUUAGCUAGUUAAAGCUAUCUAAACUUUAAUCCGUUUUUGCUGCCAAAAAGCGUGCGCUUUUCGCUACUAGUAGGCUAUAACAUAUAGCCUAGUAGUAGCUCAACCAUUCAGAAUGCAGCAUUGAUAAUAGACCACUAGUUGGAUUUUACUAAUAUGGAAUAGUCGCCCUCACUUAAUGAGUAAAAUUAAUAUUAUUGUACAUGAGGUUUUUUUAUGGUUAUUAUCUUUGCAAGGUUCUAAAUUUAUAUUAUCUGUAUUAGGAACAACUGUCUUAGUUCAUGGUGAUGCUGGCACAGAUGCCACCUUACAAGUCACAUCUUUAGUGCAGAUUUUGUUAGAUCCUGUUUGCAGGACAAUUAAAGGGUAAGAAUUAUCUGUCAGAUUUUAACUAUAUUGGGCAUUUUUGUUUGGUGUACAGUAGAUACCUGUCUAAAUUCUUCUCUCGUAAAGUGCACUGAUCAUUGCUAAGCCUGACUUGUGUCCAGUCAACUCUCAGUCAAAGAAAAAAGAGGGGGGCCUCUCCCUUUCGUUUUCCUCCUUCCCAUCACCCCUUGCACUCGUUUCAGUCACUCUUCUUGCGUUCCGUCCUCUGCGUGCGAUCCAAAUAGAGACGACUCGGGACAAGUCAGAUUGCUAAGCUGUGUGCUGCAGAUUUUCUUUCCUGUUUUUUGUAUGUCACUCAACAGUAAGUUUAAAAUAUUUGUAAUGGAGAAGGCCAGUGCUAGUUCCGGAUUCAAUUAAAUAAAACUUUUUCAAGUGUGAUUUCAAAGUGUGGCUGUUGUUUUUAAUCUCUAAAACAAUAGCUACACUAAAGUUACGAUUUAAAAGUUUUAUUGAAUUAACAGCUGGGGUGUGAGAGUUGAUUGUAAGAAAGCAUUUCUUUGUACUCUGAAAGUUACCCAUGUAUGAACCUUAAUGAGAAUUUCACUUUUAAUCAAAACUCUCCUGCCAGAUCAGUCAAAUCCUAAAUAAAAUUAGUAUGCCCCAAGGAGAUGGUUUUUCAGCAAAAAGUCUUGGAAAAAGCUUAUUUCAUUGUCAAAAUGAUUGGUCCGGUAAUGGUCUGGCCGGCCAGUUCUUACUUUUGGAAACAGUUCAUCUUACUACAGCUAGCCUGCGUAGCAAGCGUUUCCUCGCAAGUUCGUCGAGAAAGUUAGGACGAGAGCAAAAAAAGGAAUGAUUGGAAACGCUUGCUACGCAGGCUAUACUACAGCGCAUGCUACUUGCUACCUAGUCGUUUCACAGGGAAACUCAAAUAAUUAUUAUUCAUUCAUUAUUGACAGAUUUGAGGGUCUAAUUGAUAGAGAAUGGUUACGUGGUGGCCAUCCGUUUACUGAGCGCUGUAUUAAAGUAGGUGUAUCUCCAGUUCGCUACAAAGGCCAGGGUGCAGUGUUCCUUCUGUUCCUAGACUGUGUGUGGCAGGUUAGUGUUGAGAACAAAACCCAUGAAACAAUACCAAGCAGAUUUUUCCCUGAACAGGAAACAAAGAGAUCUUUUGUUUUCUGUCAUCAGAGUCUGGUACACGAAGUUUUGACCCUUUUUCUCAGUCGCCAAAGCCUCUUUUUAAAAAGUGCCAAGUCUGUCUACAAAAAUAAUCUUUAGUUGUUACGCAAAUAAAACUCACUUAAGUAAUAAGUGAUGAACUUAGCCUCUUUUUGAAAGUGAAGAUUUUGAAAAUUCGGCAUAUUUGCCUCCGUAAAGUAAAUGAAAACCUGACGUUACGAGUGCUAUUCUUUCGUCACAGUGAAGACGAGGGACUUUGAUAAAGGCGUGGUGCCCAAGAAGUCAAUUUGUGAUGAUCUCUGCAAUGGCAAUUUUUUUCGUUAGUUAAGAUGAUAAAGCCAAUGAUUUGUGUAUUCCAUGUACUUGUAGCAAGCUCAGUACUGGUAAAAGGUGACAGUCGCGUCAAUAUCAAAUACAUGUCCCUCAAGGCACACUGUGCAGUGGCUUUGUCAUUUAAUGUUUUUCAUUUUUAUCAACAGAUAUACCAACAGUUCCCAUGCUCGUUUGAGUUUAAUGAUCGUUUUCUCAUAACUUUGUUCGAGCAUGCGUACUCUUCGCAAUUCGGUAAGAUAUCUUUGGACUUUAUUAUGUGGUAUUUGUAGAAUUUUUGUGUUUAGAUACAGCUGUUUUUCGUUUGUCGCCUUGAACCGUUAACAUGGAAAUGCGGCAUUUUCUUUGUACACUAAAACGUUAUACUUAAUUUUUUUUUAGGUACCAGUUUCCUCUACCGAUUUUUUCCUGAGGGAGGAGGGGACGUCUGUACACGGGCUAACCAGCCGUCCCGUCCUGGGAGGGCUCCGCAGUUUCCCGGCCCCAGUUGUUCAAACGUUGGAUAUCGCUAUCCACCGGAUAAAUCACUGUCCAGCGGAUAAGUAUUCGGGAAACCAAUUACAUGCGCUAUCCCGUUGAUAGUGAUUUAUCCGGUGCAUAGCGUUAUCCACCUUUUGAGCAACUGGAGCCUGGAAUGUACGUACAUUCUAAAGGCCGAUUUACACGGUACAAUUUUGUCGCGUGCGAUGAGUUUAUGAUAGACCUACAACCUAAUUCGUACCCUGUAAAUCAAAGUUGCGAUAGUCGCAAGUCUGUUGUAAGUGAGAUGUGCACGACAGAACCCGUGUCGUAUAGGAUUAUCUUAAGAACAUAGCUUGCGAAGAAGUUGUGCCGUGUAAUCAAUGCUUAAACAUUGCACAGCUGGUCAUUUCUAUUUUUCUCCUUUUCAGGCACCUUUCUUUGUAAUAACGAAUGCGAGCGUGUAGCAGCUAAACUUAAAACAAUGACAGUGUCUCUGUGGUGAGGCUUGUGCAAUUUUAUUUUUAAAUACUACUGAAUGUAGCUAAUUUUUCUUUUCUAUUAAUGAAGUUUUUACAAAUCUCACUUUUCAGGUCAUAUCUAAAUCAAGCAGAUAUCCUUAAACCGCUGUUAAAUCCAAUGUAUGAACCAAACAGCUCUGUUCUCUGGCCUUCCGUGGCUUCGCAAAGUCUUGUAAGUUCAUAAAGAAUCUCGCUUCUUUUUGCCAUGUAGCUAAAGAUGAUUUUUGGGGAAAAAGUUUGGAUAUUACCAGCGCCUAUUUACGAAUUUCCCACAGGUCGCUAUUUAAAAUUUUUGUGACUUCAUUUGUGGUGGUGUGAAGAAUUUGAUCUUUAACAACCGCUGCCCCAAACUUUCGUCGUCGAAAUUUGAAAAAGGAUGACGCACAUUUUGUGACAUUUCUAAAAUGAGGAAACGGACGAUUUUUAUUCUUUCAUGAAUGCGUUAAAGGACUGUACAUGAUAUUCUGAUGUUGUUACCUUGUUCUUGUAGGUAUUGUGGCCAAGCUUGUUUCUUAAAUGGAAAGAAUCUAACAAGAAUGAAGACAUUUUAUGGGAAGAAGUGCGCAGAAUACAGGAAAUAAAUACGGAUUUAAAAAGUAAAGCUAUAUCUCUAAGAAGGUAAGGGAAGACAUCUUAGUCCUAUAGGGUGCAAGGAGAGCAGUUUCAAAUGAGUACAGUUAAAGCUCUUGUAGGUUUCCCUAACUGGAGUUGAUCCGGGGCUCCGAUCUUUAUGGCAGGAAUUCACAUAAGUCGUCAUUAGCAGCAUACGGGAAGGGAAGCACGUUUAGACGAAUUGUCUUUUUCCCGAGAACAGUUUCCUUCCAAGGACAUUUCAUUACUUCUACAUCUCCCAACCAGCAAAAAAUUGCCAGAAGAACAGAUAUUUUGAGUAACAGAUCCAUUGGGUGCCCCUGUACAAGGGCUUCAGUAUUAUUUUCUCGAAGAGUUUAGUCGCAAGUUAUCGUUUUACGAAUGUGAGAAUUUUUCUGAUUCCUUUCUAAAUCAUAUUUUUGAAUCCGAACAUUUUAGGUUUCCUUAUCAUUUUUUUAAAGCAAAAAACAGCAUUACUUGGAGAGUGAAGUGUGAAAAAUUAAGCUUCAGAAAAUUGAAGGAAAUUUAUUAGAUAAGUUUAGAAAAUUGUACAUGUAUGGAACGGUCAAUAGAAAAGUGUAGGCAAUAUCUGCUCCUCCGGACAGAAAUUUUACAGAAAACAGUCGUCGGGUGGUCCUGCAUGCUCAAUCUGGAUUUUGUCUACGGAGAUGACUGUGCGUAUGAGGUGUCUGUUAUGAAAGAAAGCUUUAAUUUCUGAAGAAACUGCAGUGUUGUGUCGGUGGGGGAGUGGGAAGAUUGAGAAGGCGCUCUUCUGAGCGAGUCUCGUGAAUCUCUGAUGAAGGGCAAGCGCUCGAAAGUUAGCCUGCGAAACUGGCGGUUGGUUUAACGAAAGAGCAAUGAGCGACGAAGCCGAGGGAAAAAAAACCUUUCCUCCGGCGGUCAAUCUAAGUUAUUUUCUCAACUCAGCACCAGCCAAAUCUUUGUUCGUUAUGUAACCUUUAACUGUAGUUAGUUUUGGGUUAGUUUUUCUUUUUUUUUCCGAGAAGAUUGGAAGUCAAGUGUUGAUUUCCUUGCCUGGGGAAAACGUCACUAUCUCUAUAAAAUCUUAUGUUGUUUUGUUCUCUCAGGGAAUACGCCGAACUACAAGCCAAAGUAUUUGAAGAAAGACGAAAAUGGCAAGAAGAACAAGACCAGAGAGAAAAACAACGAACUUGAAACUGAAGUUGUGUCAAGAUUCUUUCACUUUGUUUAGAGGAAUUAUUUCUUCUUUGCCGGCAGUAGUCAUUAUAGAUUCUGCGUUAGUUAAGUGCGGUGGUUACCAUUUUUGUAACAGUGGGGUAGAAAACAGUCUCUUUACUUAAGCGAAAGUUUAUGUCAGAGCGGAGCGCGGAUACAGCUAGGAUCUAACCUCUACGUAUUGAUCGUAUUAGUGUCGCAUGUUAUCUUCUACGCGGCCGUUAUUUCGGUAGUCAGGAGUAUUAUGUGACAACCCAAAUAUCACACAGCUUGGGAAAAGACGUAGUAUGAAUAGUCCAAUGGAUCUUAUUUUUGAUAUGGCUAUAAUCAUACCGGCGCAAUUUUAAGGUGUUAGAAAAUAUAUAAUUGCAUUUUAAAGAUAGUUACUGUAGCGUCGAAACGAACUUGGCAUGUACAAAAUCAAUUGCAAACUGAGUGAGAACAUAAGACCACGUGGGCAUUAGGCCACGUUUUCUGUAGAUAUUUUUCUAUACGACAAGUACAGACUGAAAUUUAAGAUGCAAUGUGUGAUUUUCAACUGCGAUCUCAAAAAUGUGGUCACUGAGUAAAUGGAUCCCACUGAACAAACAAAACUCUGUCUCUUUAUAUUCCGGGGUUUCACCGGCAUGCCAAAAGGAAAGACUACGAUUUGAGAAAUCAUCUGUGCUCAUGUAAGUUAACUUGAACAAAAAAUAAAAUUAAUUUCGAGACACACGCAAUUCGUUAUUGCUGAUAACGCACGUUGUUUAACUGAGCGCGAAGCGGGAGACGCAGCCUGGCGCAAAGCGCGAGACUGGAGGAGGGGG